AACAAAGUACUGCGUACCUUGAGGUACCUCCGUUGCCGUAUCCUUUGGUAACGCAUAAAAACAGCGGCCCAUUUUCGCUCACCGCCUUCAAGGUCCUUCAGCUUUCUUGCAAUUCUGCCCCAGACUUGCACUUCAGGCUCUGGCUUGCACCAAUAGCCAUCGGCCGCCUAGAGACAUUCCACAAACACGACCGGCGUUCGACGCGGAUUCGUCGAGCAAACGCAUUAAUCGGCAUAUUAACAACUGACUUCCUUCCGCAACAUGUCGAACAACCCUGUUUUCAGUUUCUCCAGCGCCGCGUCCGGAAACCAAUCGGCCACGACAACCUCAGCUCCCGCUUCAGGCAGUGUCUUUGGGCGUGCGGCAGGCCCACCGAGCCUUUCCUUCGGAUCGUCGACUGGUGGAGCAAACAGCGGGCAGUCGGGCGCCGCCAAUAUGUUUGGAAAUUUAGGUUCGAAUACUGGUCAGAAACCCUCACUGUUUGGGAGCACCAGCACUGGGACAACUGGAGCUUCCAGUGCAACACCGUCUACGGGAGCCUCAAUGUUUGGCCAGGCUGGCGGCAGCAGUGGUGGCGGCGGCCUUUUCGGUGGCGCUGCUAAGCCAGUGCAGUCUGGCGGAAGCUCUUUGUUUGGCAGUAACACUACCGCCUCCACACCUGGUACCGCUGGAAGCGCUCCUUCAUCCAACCUCUUUGGAACAUCUGCAGCGGGAGCCGCUUCCUCCGCCCCGGCCUCGAAUCCGGCCACAACUGGCGCAUUCCCCGCUGGCGGACUGUUCGGUGCAGCUGGCACGUCUCAAGCUCCCAGCACUGGCUCGUCCACGACACCUUCACUCUUUGCAAACGCCGGAAAGACAACGGCUUCACCCGCCCCCCAGUUUGGAGCAAUGCCGGCUCCUCAAGCAACACCCGCAAAACCCAUGUUUGGGUUGGGAUCGACCACUCCGGCUGGUGCCCCUCCGACUGGCACUUCAAAGCCUCCUACAGCCGGCUUCUUUGGAGGCGCAAGCUCGCAACAACCCGCCAGUUUGCAACCAACUGCCGCGUCCUCUGUUUUCGGUCAAGCCCCGAAGCAGGCUGGAGGCACCCAGGCUAGCCAGCCUGCUGCGCCGAGUACCACUGGAGCUUCACCAUUCGGCAAUACCACUUCCACCGCUGCGAACCCACAAUCAUCGGCUGUCUCCCUCUUUGGAGAUGCAGCCAAAGACACUGGUAGCAAUCCGUUCGGGAAGAAACCGGAGACGGCCGCGCCAUCAUCGGGCCUCUUUGGCGGGGGCGCCACUCCGGCUUCCCAGCCAGCUCCUGCGUCCGGGGCGGCGGGCUCGCUGUUUGGUGCCAAGCCCAAGGAGGCGGCAUCGACUACUGCUGCGCCGGCUUCAGGAAGUUCUGCGGCUUCAACUCUAUUCGGUGGCGCUGCGACGAGCAAACCAAGUGGCUUAUUUGGAGGCGCGCCAGCCUCUUCCGCUCCUUCGUCGACGGCUACCACAGCGCCAACGGCAGCAAAGUCCCUUUUUGGAUCGACACCAUCCAGCGCCGCGCCAGCCACGUCGGCGGCUACUCCUAGCUUAUUCGGAGGUGCCGGCACAACCGCGACUCCAGCCGCAACUACGACAUCCGCAACUUCCACAACUGCGGCAACUUCUGGCGCCACACCGGCAACUGCCUUCAAACCAGCAGAGGCGGCAGCGACCACGGCAGCUUCGACGACCCAGAAUGGAAACACCGGAGCCGCCCAUGGAAGCUCAACUAUGGGCCCGCCGUCGCAGCUCCCUCGAUUGAAGAAUAAGACUAUGGACGAGAUUAUCACCAGAUGGGCCACAGAUCUCUCGAAAUACCAGAAGGAGUUCAAAGAGCAAGCCUCCAAGAUCGCAGACUGGGACCGGCUGCUCGUCGAGAACGGUGAAAAGAUCCAGAAGCUCUACCUUGGCUCCUACGAGGCCGAGCGAGCCAGUAAUGAGAUUGAGCGCCAGCUUGCUGGCGUCGAGAGCCAGCAGGACGAGCUGUCUGCAUGGUUGGAUAGGUACGAGCAGGAGGUGGAGGACCUGUUUGCCAAGAGAAUCGGCGAGACCGAGCAGGUUGGCGGGCCGGAUCAGGAGCGAGAGCGGACAUACAAACUGGCCGAAAAGCUGACUGACCGGUUGGACGAGAUGGGCAAGGACCUCUCCAAGAUGAUCAAGGAGAUCAACGACAUGUCCAGUGCUCUCAGCAAGGGCAGCAAGCCCGAUGACCCGUUGAGCCAGAUCGUUCGCGUCCUCAAUGGUCACCUCAGCCAGCUUCAGUGGAUCGACACAAACGCUGCAGCGCUCCAGGCCAAGGUUGCCGCUGCACAGAAGGCGAGCAGCAACAUGGGCAACCAGUAUGGCGGCCCUGAGAGCGAGGCGGCGGAGAGCUUCUACAAGUCGUACAUGGGUCGUCGCUAAGAGCUGAGCUUAUGGGAUAUGGGAUGCUUUGUGGUGGUGGGAAGCUGGUAAUCAAUGGUGGCUGUACGAUCUUCCCGAGUGCUUGGAUGGCGAAACAAUCAUGCAGACUACCAUCUAGACUAGGAAUCACAGAGCACAGAGGGAAUAGCAGAGGAGCAGUGCGAAUGAUAGAUGGACGGAGGUGCGAAACGCCAUGUACAUGUACAACUAAGGUAGUAAAGGCAACGGCCUAUGAAGAACGGGGUUGCGCGCAGAUUGACGUGGUCUUGCACUAGGUAGUUGCCCCGAGCUCCCUCGCUUUCCUAUGUCCUGCUG